AUGUCAGGUCCCUCCGUCGGCCGUAGCGCAGACAGCACCGAAGGGGCGGCUUCGCAAGAACCGUCCUUAUCCAGUCCACAGGUGCAUCUGCCUUUUUCACCGACUCCAGUUCGCUCUCAUUCCGUCCCACUACCCAACCAGCAAGAGUUCAGCCUGCGUCCGACCGGCCCCGUAACGGGCGUUGCGUCCUCCGGCGUGGAUGCUGGAUCCUCUGUGCAGCAGCUGUGGCGAUUCCAGGAGCUUCAACGCCAACGUCAGAUGCAGUUUCAGCAGCUCGCUGGCACUUCCUCUGGCGUGCCGACGGAUGCUUGCUUUUUUUCAGAGAAAGAAGCCCCGCGGGCCCCCAGCGAAACUCAGUUUCUCUCCUCCACAUACCGUAGCGUUGCAGGCGGAUCGACUACGCAAGUCUCUUCUCAGCUGCCUUCUUCCAGCCAGGCCUUUCCUGGCGGUCCUUCCGGGCCCUCCAUUCCUGCAGUUUCGGUCUCGGCCCCGGAGCACCUGGGGGCAUCCAACGUUCAUUCUCCUGUGCUUUCCCAUCAGCCUUGUUCGCCGCUUUCCCUGUCCUCGGUUUCUUCUGCAGAGGACGAAACGUCCUGUGGAACAGCCAGCGGCGCCAAGUCUGCCUUUCUUUCUACUCCAGUUCCUGCAGUCGAUGUGGCAUGCGAGGGGAGUAGCAGCUCGCAAGGUUUCACUGCGAGCUCUGCAGCGGUUUCCGCGCCCUCGCAGCCUUCGAAUUUCCUCGGACAAAGCACGGGGGGAGGCGUGCAGGGGUUCGGCUCUGGAGGUGCUGGCGCCUCUGUAGCGUUUCUCGCCGCUUCGGGUUCCAGUGCGUUCUCGCACACUCCUCGAACAAGCCAAAGAGGCGUGGCGCCGCAGCAAACGCAACCUGCCUUUCAGUCGCAGCCCACAGCGGCGGGAUCCCAGCUGGUCCCUUCUCAGCAGUUGGCUGUCCAGCAGCUGCUGGAACGCGUGAGGCUCCACGGGUGCUCCGUCCCUGGUUUGGAGAAGAUUUUGAUGGGGACUGGGGAACCCGGAACCGUGGCGGCAACCGAGCCGUUCGGACGGCCAGCGUUCGUCUCUGCAGGGAGUGCAGCGGAUACCGCUGCGUUGCCGUCAUCCGCGCAGAAGAUUGGGAACGUGGCGUAUCCACUUGUUUCCGGUCGAGACGCCUCUGGACGCCAGAAGGACACUGCUGCCUCCCUUUUUGGCGUGACCCUGGGAGCUGAUCUUCACACAAACGUUUUCGUUAAGCUGCAGGAGCAGCAGCACAGAGCGACGGGCAAAGAGGGAGCCGGUUCCAUAUUUGGGCCGCGCCUUCUCGCGCCUGGUGCACAGAUGCCUAACCAGGCCCUCCGGACUGCGUCGUCGGCCUGUCCCAUCUCGGCUGCAGUUGACACAGACGUGGAUAGGAUUCAAGCGCAUCAGAAUCUCAGACGCGGCGCUGACCCAGUUCAGAGACUGAGCCGGACGUUGUCUGCUCCUGGAAAGUCGCCGCGAGGACGCACAGCAGCGCGCGACGGCAACCAGGGAGGAGCAGCACGAUUUCUGCAGCCUCCCGUUGUCGUCGCCUCACGGGUGGCAGAGCAAGGACAGUCCAAGUUCCUUCAGAAGAGCCGAAAUGUCGGCGGGAGGAUCAAGGAAGGCGGAAGCAGCAGACGAGGCGUCACUGCCCACACGAGUGCACCGGAAGAGGUUUGUGGUGCCGUUCCGGGGGCAUGCAAGCCUUUACAAAGUUCUGGGCGGAUUCCAUUCCCCUCGGGGGUGACUACUCGUGAGGUGCCCGGUCGCCUGCCUUCGUCGCUGGAAGGUCUGAAGCAGCUGCAGCACAGUGUGAAUCAGGAAAUUCUUUUGAGACAACAGGAACGCGUGCGUCAAGAAGCGUCUUCAAGCAAAGUUGUUAAUUCGGAAAAGAUACCAGUCGUAGACGGGAAACUCCGAGAUUUCAUGGUGUGGCCGCCAGGCAUGGCAGGAGCGCUGACGUCACGGCGGAGUGUCACCCUCUUUGGGAAAACGCUUUCACCUUCCUUCCUACCAAGGGGCGUUGAACCUAUGUCCGUGCGACGACUCCUGAGUGGCGGUUUAACUCCCGGUCAACCUCAAGGAGGCAGCCAAGACUGUAGGGCCGAUACUUCAGCAUCGGUAAUGCCUGGCGAGGGAACCCAGAAGGAGUCUCGGGCAAGGACGAAGUCGGUAGGGUCUUUUGAAAAGGGUGUCAGUGGGAAAACACGUGGCCUGUUACGAGACACUCAAAAGGCGUGUGAAGACGCCGAUGGAGUGGCUUCGAGGGGGAGUGGCCAGGACAGCAGUCCCGCGCAGCCUCCGUGGCAUGCAUUCUUAGAAAGUUUGACCGUCAGCGGAUUUCUUGCGUACUGGUAUGCGAGACAGCACGUCGCGGCUGGGCUGUACAGACAACUACAGCAAAUGGAGGCGGUCGAAAAACGGCUGGAGGAGCACGUUUCAGGAGGGUGUGCAUUACACAGCAACUUGUUUUUCUUUUCUCUGUUUCCGGAGACUUUCUCUAAUACGCACUUCCAGCGUAACCUCCGUUAUUUUCCCCAGUACACUAUCGCCCAUGAUUUGGCAGCUGCCGCCGACCUUAGGCCUCUCAGUCAAUACGGAGACACUAGUGUCUCCGUCGCUGCUGCUGCGACAAAGGACCGAACUCGUCUUCAGGCUCAUAUGGAGCACUCCGAACAAACCCACGGUCAGGACAGCCAGGGCAUCCACACAUUUGGGCCGGCGCAGGGGAUGGCAACGACUUCCGAAAGCGAAAUGGCGGGGGGGCGCACCCCCGUCAACGGUUCAGGGGCCGCGCAACUCAAAGGUGGGGCUGAGCAGCCAGGCCGCAGGGGAAGCCAGGCCAUAGGAGGAGGCUCAGAGAUGGAGCAGGCCAAUGCGGCAACUUCUUUUUCUCGUGGAAUUUCCGAACACCCGUCGUCUCUUAAGGUUAAAGCUGCAUUUGGGCGUGACACAGGCGUAUGGGUCGCGGAGGCGCGUUACCUACCAACGACGCCCUCCUGGGGUGGCGUCCAGCUUUCCGAGGACCUGGAGCAAGUGGAACAGCUAAUCCAGGCAGCGCAGUCGCUGCUGCAAGGCGCCGGAGAGGUGCAGGAACACCAGUUGGAAAAUGGGAAGCGCAGCGGUCGUCUGGAACGCGAAGAAGAUGUGCCCAUACUUGUCGCCUCUCUGCCGCGUUCAUUCGAGGCUAUGCAACAGGACCAGCAGCCAGAACAACUGGCUUCUCUCGCCGCCAAGAAGUUGCUUCCUCUCCAUGCAUGGAAAGGGCAAGACUUCCGAAGCUUCAAGUCAGUUGUUCCGUUCGCGGCUCGGGCACUUUUCGCAAUCUCCAUCGGCCGGUUGGAACAUCUCAUAGCUUCUCUCCAGCAAGGAGUGGCUUCGUCGAUCGCCUCCUUGGAGCUGCUGAGGAAUUCACUUGUUCUGCUGCAGCAGGUGGAAGAGUCAUAUGCACCCCCAAUAUACGCCAUCCCACAGCACGUGCUCUGCUGUAUAUUCAACCGUGGUGGACAAGGUACAGACUUGACCAGCAAGCGACGCCAACCCGCGGCCGGCUGCAACAAAGGCGAUGCUGGGGACGGAAGCGGAGCGGGUGAGUCGGGACAAUUAGGAACAAAUCCCCUUGCUCCGAACGGUUUGAAGAAAGAGUUGAGUCAGCAGAGUUCCCCAAGUCCACCUGAGACAGACGCGCAAGCUUCACGGUGCGACGGCGCUUGGCGAAAUAUCGAGGUUAAAGCGAAGGAGUCGUUGCAGCUGGCCCCAGAAUUCGGUUCAGGAUCUGAAACUGGGGCUCCAGACAAACUUGGCGUAUCUGGGACGAUAGGCGAUAAAGAGGAAGCAAGUAAGGAGGAGCAGGAUAGAGGCCAGGACGAAGGGGGAGGCACGUGUACGCAAGUGAUCGUUCCCACAUGGGAGCGGGGACUUCGGCUGGGUCCACCCAUAUCGGCUAGGGAUUUUGAAGCGUAUGCCGACGCUUUCGAGGACUACCUGCCAUUGUUUGCCGCGGAUCCGCUUGGUUCUGGAUUUGAUUUGAUGACUCACGAAGAAGAGGACGAGACGCAGGAGACGGCGCUGAGGAGACGUGUCGCGAAAGUUACAACGGUACUCAACAUGUUUCAGCAGGCGUCGAGCAUAUGA